AAUGCUUUGUCUAGUCUAGAGAGAACAAAGAGAUGAUAUAUUUCUCUCCAUAUUUUCUUUCAUUUGGUUGUGAACUUUGUCCAGAGAGUACUCAUUACUUAAAGAGAUAAAUGGGAAAAAGAUGAAAUGAAAUAAGAAAAUCUGAUCAUGUGAGUUCGAACCAAGAUGCUAAGUGACCAGUCCCACCUGAGUAGCAGUAUAAAACUUGAGUCAAGAGGGAAUAUUGAAGUGGAUUUUAUGAUGAGACUCACACAGCUGAGUCUGCUGCAGUAUGGAUCACACUAUCCAUGUUGCAGGGAAUGUCCUAUGCCACAUGAUGGGUGAAGCAUUUUAUGACCCAAGUUAGUCAAUCAGAUCUAGUUUUAGUAGAUCAAGAAGACAUUUAUAGUAGACUCUGGGCAUAAACUAUGUGAAAGUACAUUUGCCAGAAUUGCCAUGGCUUUUGAUGAAAUUCUACAUCAUGUAGGUGACAGUGGAAGAUUUCAGGUUUGGAUGAUUGCCCUUCUCAACAUGUUAUCUAUGAUGUCAUCCCCUCAUGAUAUCAUGGAGAAUUUUACAGCAGCCAUCCCUGCUCAUCACUGCAGUGUAAACCUUGAUAAUUCAAGGUCUGAAAUUAGUACUGCCAUGAACUUGACUACCGAAGCUAUGAUAAAGGUCUCCAUCCCAAUGGGCCCAAAUCAGAAACCUGAGCAAUGUCGACGCUUUAGGCACAUCCAAUGGCAAUUCUUAGAUUCCAAUAUAUCCACAACUAACAGCACUGAACUAGAGACUGAGCCGUGCCUAGAUGGAUGGACAUAUGAUCGCAGUGUUUUUACUUCGACCAUUGUCACUGAGUGGGAUUUAGUAUGUGAUUUUCAGUCAUUCAGAUACUACGCACAAGCCACCUCUUUGGCAGGGCAUUUGGUGGCUGGUCCUCUGGGUGGCUUUGUUUCUGACAGGUUUGGAAGAAAGCCAUUGUUGAUGGUUUGUUCCCUAGCCUAUGGGGUUUUGGGGACCUGCUGUGCCUUUGCCCCCAAUUUCUUCUUUUACUGUGUUUUGAAAUUCUUGUUAUCUGCCUCCAUAAGUGCUGUUCUGAUCAACAGUCUUAUCCUUGUUUUAGAAGAAGCAUCAGUACAGUGGUAUGCCAUAGUCAUAGUACUCAAUGGACUGUUUGCCAGUAUUGGCCUGGCUGGGUUUGGGGUACUAGCAUAUGUGCUUUCGGAUUGGCACUUACUUCAACUUGCAUCUGCCUUGCCCUACUUCAUUUUUUCUAUUUUGUACUGCUGGGUUCCAGAAUCACCCCGGUGGCUCAUGAUCACUGGCAAAACAGAACAAGCAUGGAAGGAACUCCAGAGAAUUGCCUCCAUCAAUGGGAAGAAAGAAAUUGCACAAAAUCUAACCACUGAGGACUUGCGAUCGAAAGUUAAGGAAGAUGUGAAUUCAACUGGAAAGCAUUUCAGAAUAAAGAACAUCAUUAUUAAUCCUGUGAUACGUAAAACAGUGCUUUGUAAGUCCAGUAUAACUUUUGCAGUACUUUUCAGCAUUUUUGGCCUCUUGUUGGAUAUUCAAGUGUUGGGAAAGAACAUAUUCCUGACCCAGAUUCUCCUAGGAGUGAUAGACAUACCCAGUAAAUCACUCACAUAUUUUACACUAAAAUAUUCAAGGCGUCGUCCUUUAAUUACUUUUUUGCUCAUUGCACUUGGAAGUUGUAUGAUCAUCACCAUGAUUCUAUCUGAAGAGAUGUAUGUCAUGCGUCUUACUAUUUUCAUUUUGGGAAAAGGAUUUUAUGCAGCUUUCACUUGUAUAAACUUAGCCUACUGCAAUGAACUCAUACCAGUAGCACUUAGGUCUACUGUAAAUGGUGUUUUUAUGCUUAUUGCUCGAUUAGCAAUAGUCCUGUCUGCACUAACACUUGUCACUAGAAAGUAUUUUGUACAUCUUCCUAUGAUUCUCUGUGGAGUCCUACCCAUAGUGGCGACAAUCAACAUCUACUUUCUGCCAGAAACCUUUAAUCUUCCACUUGUUGACUCUAUCAAGGAUAUGGAGAAAAGGGACAGAUUGAUGAACAAAAACAUCAAUAAAAAAGAAGGACAAGACUUCUUGGAAACUACAGAGUGCUAAAGAAGCCAAGAGCCACAGGGUUUCAUCCAUAUAAACCCUCUUCAUUCUGUUCUGUACCCUAGAGACUUUACCCAUUGAUUGGCACUCAUGGAUAUACUUAUUAAAUGAACCGAUUGCAAAAGCAAAUCUCUCAGUCAAUCUAUAAUAUAGAUGAAUAUCCUAAGACUUUAUCAAAUACUAGAGUAUAGGUUCCUUUCAUGAAAAAUUUAAAACAAAUCUGUGCAAUAA